CCUCAAAGGGCGAGGAUCGUCCGCACCUAGCACGUGUGAAGCACCAUUCAAUAAUACACGCCUCAGAAAUGCAUGCAUGUGUAGUCAUUUAUGACUACUAUCCCCGGUCUAUUCCUUCCAUUUCAGAUCAAUCAUCGAUCGGAGCAAGAUAGUAGCUACCGGCAGGAACACAGAUCGAACGAAAUUCAAGCCUCAAUGGAAGGAGUCUCUACAAGCGUGUACAAAGGACUGAGAGGAUACUGGCGAAGCAGAGGCUACGUAAAGCUCAGCGGGUCGGGCCGACACCACAAGAACUGGAUGGAGCCCCGUAAGAGGCGCGUGUGGCGGAUCAAACUCGCUCCCAAGGUAAAGUUGAGUUUCCUCAGAAGGAUCCCUUCACCUAACAAGUUUCUGGUUUGGCUUCGAGACGCCUAUGUCAAUCUCAUGCUGGGAUUCGCAAACUCGCGGGUGUUUACUACCACCUAUGGUGGUUCCAUAUGUCAUGACGGCACCGGCUCAUUCGGAAAACGGCCCCUGAAGGAGUAUGAUGACAAGAUGAUCGUCGAGAUCUACAAAUCCUUGAUGCUGACGCAAGGUCAGUUGGUGCCCCGCGACGCACCUAAACUAGGCUCGGAAAUUGUUUACCGCCAGUGAAAUACCGAGUAACCUUAAGUAAUGUUCUCAUUUUCUUUUCUUCUGCUCUUUUCGCCUAGGUUAAUAUUGUAAGCUCACAAUAAGUUACUAAAAACAGAAUAAUGUAUCGGUGUAUCCUCUUUAAGUAAUUGCCUGUGUUUGUAUAUGUAUUU